UCCAGGCCAAUCUUGUCUCAGAUAUUUGGAGGGGUCUCUCUGAAUCCAUCCAACUUUGACAUCAAGCUAAGGCCUAUACGGUCAGACAGCAAUCACCUAGAACCGGAGCAGGUUUCACAGAAUGGCUUUAGUGAGGACAAAGAGGAGGAAUAUGAGCUGGUCACUGUGACAAUCUCCAAAACGAAACAGUCUUUAGGAAUCAGCAUAUCUGGAGGAAUUGAAUCCAAAAUACAACCCAUGGUGAAAAUUGAAAAGAUUUUUCCCGGAGGAGCAGCCUUUCUCAGUGGUGAACUCCAGGUAUUAUUUCUGUCUUGUUGGGAAGAAAUGAAUGCCUUUCCACCCAACAUAGUAAACAGAUACCAACAUUUAUUGCAUAGCAGAGCAACCUAUAUGAUGCUACCAGCCUUGAUUUUUCCUUGACUAA